AUGGUUGGGAAAGGUGGGAAAGGAGGCCCCAUUAUUUUUUAUGAGCUAGAACAAGGGGCCGUGCGUGUUAACUUAGGAAAACUGCGUUCACGAGAAGAUGUAGAUCAGAAAUCCAGUGAGCUUGGACUAUCUACUAAUGGAACCGUGGCAAUAUUAAAGAAUCGAAUCGCCACGCACGUUAAGAAGAUCGAGGCAGAAUACCAAGAAAGAGGGCUUUCUCCUACUGCUAUCAAUUUCUGGAAUACUUCCGGCGAGGAAUCUCAGUUUGAGGCACUACACGUCGUAGAUCCCUAUAUGAUCUACGCAGCAUGUAAAAGCAAGCAGCAGAUUUUUGCCGUUACCUGCUCCAGCGACGGGUAUGGGCUUCGAGGAGAGGCGGCAGCAGUUGUAGAGUACCAAAACGAAUGGGGAAACGUCGGAUCGAUGGCCAUCUUAAAUAGUGACAUUUAUAUUUCGCACCGUCAAGGCAUUGAGAAAGUUUCAUUAUCAACAUAUUUAAGAGCACGGAUUAUUUCUUCCGGUCCAGACUACUGUUCCUUGGCUCCCUCCAUUGCGCUUUACAAAGAUGGUUUGGUCUACUCAGACCCGCAAUCGCAUCGCAUUCUGCACUGGAUCAGAAAUGAGGAAAGAGUGAAGGUGUUUGCAGGUACCGGUGCAGAGGGCACCAGAGAUGGCUUGGCUUCGCGUGCUGAAUUCUACCAACCUGCUGGACUUUGUGUGGAAUUUGACCACGUCUUGUAUAUAUGUGAUGCCCGAACCAACUGUAUCAAGGUAUUCACCACUCUGCAUGAAACCGCUGCAUUUCUAGAUGCAGUCGGAAAGAUAUACAAGGCUUUCUCCGUCCACGAGAAGCAUGCAAAGUACGAGCUUUGCAAUCUACAAGAUGCCGUUUUACUGCUUAAAGAAACGUUACAAUAUCUUCGCCGAAACGAGGCCUUGAUUCGCGGUGAAAUCCAAAGCUUGCCAAGGUCCCUUAAUGGACCACAGGGAAAUGUGGCUGAGAAGACAAUAGAGUCUGUUUCAUUGUUGCAGUCUGGCCUUCAGAGACUUUAUGACCUGUUAGCGCCAAUGGGUUACACUUGGACCAACCUCCUGAGCUGCAUGACAUUAGAUGUAGAGAACUAUCACUCUGUGGUCCAUCACAAAUCACCUUUAUGCACUGCCCUUGAAUAUGCCAGGAAUUUCGGAAACGCUGUUAAGGAAAGUGUAAAGAAGACAACAAACUGGGCGGCAUUUUAUUAUACCAACCCAAAGUCGUGGUAUCCCGUUCCAGACCGCGCAGCGGCAUUCAUUGAAAUUUCAUUAGCACCACAACUUCCACCUGGGGUAAUAAGUGCCCAAGACGUCCAGCUUAUGAGGGAAUGGGCAGAUACCUUUGGAGCUGCAGUUCGUCAAAGAACCGUCCGACAAGAAACGACCAUGGCUAGGGCUGGAACGCUCCCCGAUUUCUUGUACGAGAAAGACAUUGUGCCAGGGGAAAGCGUUGACCUAACAGGAGAUGUCGGCCUUCCUGACGAAUAUGAUACAAGUAGCAGUGCGGAAGAAAAAGAAACCGAAGAUCAAGUAGGAGAAGGAUCUGUAAGGGUCGCCACUUUGGAUGGUGAAGCAAACUUCUUGCUUGGAAGAGUGUCUGCAUUUGGUCGUGCUGUUAGAUUUAAUAGCAGGUUUAUGUUUUGUUAA